UGGCCAAAGCGUUCCUGUACCCCCGAGCGGGCUACGUACCGAAAGUCCCCUCCUCGGCACCACGGCCGGUCGUGCUGCAGGCUUUCUGUCCUCCUCCCUUCAGGGAGCCCGACCAUCGGAAGCUCAAUUGUACGUGUCCAGUGCGAGCACUGGACGCGUACGUCCACAGAACUGCCCUGUGGAGAAAGGCGGACCAGUUGUUUGUGUGCUUUGGUCCCCCUAAGAGGGGUUUUCCUGCUUCUAAGCAGACCCUCAGCCGGUGGAUUGUAGAACCCAUUUCUCUGGCUUUCGAGUCCUCUGGUCUCCCCAGUCCUCUGGGGGUCAAGGCUCACUCUACCCGAGCGGUGGCGGCCUCUAAGGCCUUUCUGGCAGGUGUGUCCUUACAGGACAUCUGCAACGCGGCGGGAUGGUCCAUGCCCCUGACCUUUGCCAGGUUUUAUGACCUAGAUACGCGAGCCACUCCUGGCUCCUCUGUCCUUGUGCCUUAGGCUUGCCUCCUCCUGGAGGCAGGGACUUGUAAGUCUGGCGGUGUGGGUAUACUCGUUCCCAUAGCGUUUCGUGACGCAGCUCGAGUUCCUGAAGGGGAACGUCUCCAGGUUACGUAUGUAACCAUGGUUCCCCGAGGGAACGAGACGCUGCGUCUCGGUGCCACACUUCCGGGCGUCCCUGCGGCGCUUGCUUCAUUUUCCAGUAAGCUAACGCGGGGCUCGCCGCUCCGGGUCGCUACGUCACCCGGCCUGUGACGUCUCGCCCAUCCAUUGGAAGGAUUAGACACGUGAAGUUGAUAGAAAGUGAAGGUGUGAAUUGUGUGUGUGUGAACAUCAUGUGGAAGAUGUUCGUUUGAGAGAGAAUAGCUGCUGUGUUUGUGUGUGUGUGAGUGUGAGCAGCAGAGGUGAGAGUUGGGCUACAUUCCUGGAAUCCAAUGUAUAAAAAAAAUAAUAAAUAAAAAAAAACACAUUCCCUUGUUUCUCUGCAUGAUACCCAGUGUGUGAAUGCAAGUUUAAGUGUGCAUGAAAAACAAUAGCCUCUGGGUUUGGCUGGAUAUCGGACACGUGCCUCUUCUGGACCAUCACUUAAGUGUGGCUUGGUGGAGACGGACGUGACUAUAUCACACUGACUAGAGGGAGUGAAUGAUGAGCUCCGUAGAUAAGGAGACAAGUGAUGAAUGAUGAGCUCCGUAGAUAAGGAGACAAGUGAUGAAUGAUGAGCUCCGUAGAUAAGGAGACAAAUAAUGAAUGAUGAGCUCCAAAGUUAAUUUGGAGACUGUGUGAAUGUGGGAGCCAAUCAGUAAAAGGAGGGUAUGCCAGUGUGUGUGUGUGUGUGUGUGUGUGUGUGUGUGUGUGUGUGAGAAAAAGUAACGAGCAGCUUGCGAAUAUCUUGGACAUUUGCCCAAUCGUUAUCGCUGUACUCUAGAGCACAGGCCUGUGCAUAAACGUUCAUCACAAAGUUGAUUUUACAGCCUAAUUGUAGUUGUUGCAGUUUGGAUUAGAAUGUUUACUAGCACUUAUGCCUAAAAAACAUCAUCGUAGAAAGAAGAAGAAAAGUGAAUUAGUUAAACAAGAGCAGUUACAAUCAGUUAUAAACAUUUUCUGGAAACGAGAAGGUUCUAGUUCAGAUUGUAGAAUACAUGUUCAUUUGAUCUCAUGUAGAAAAUUUGUGCAUCCUUGUGGUAUAAUAAUAGUAAAGGCUAAAACUCAUGCAAGACUAGAAGAUAAGGGGAAUUGGUUUGCAACCACUUUUAAUAUAAUAGAGUUUCAUUUGGGUGAUAGGAUUAUCUGGACAACUAAUAGUGCUAUAAGCCCAGUCCAACCAUAUAAAAUCAUAGUUCCAAAGACACAGCACCAUUAUGAUUGUUUAGAUGGUGCAUGCUGUUCUAGGUGUGUAUUUGGUUAAAUAAGGCAAGUAAGUUUUAUAUAGUGGAGAGAGAGAGAGAGAGGCUGCAGUUACACACAAUUGAGUCUGUGGUUCUGUGACCUUGGGUAUGUGCAAGUUUGUGCAUGUGUGUGUGAGGUACAUUAGGGAGAGCAAUACUUCAAAGGGUGAGAUUAGGAGCAAAAAUCUUCCAAGAUACUGGUUUUGUAAAUUGCUUGGACAUUCCCCUAACUGGAGCCGUUGUGAUCCUGAUAAAGAAACUCAAGUUUUGUUGAAUGGAUUAUGAGCUUGCUGAGAGCCGCACUAGAUUGACAUCUAAGUCUCACAUAAUCUAUUUCUCAGUGCCACAUUACUGGGAACAGAAUACUUUUGAGGUCACAAGGGUUAGUAUUUUUUAGAUUAGUAUACACUUCAACAAGGCCAACAGUGGAGGAGUUUUUUCCGUUUACAUACAGAAUACUGAGAAGAGCAAUUACAAGUGGUAAAAGAACUAAUAUUUGUUGCCUACAACUUCAGUUUGCUGGGCAUCACCAUAGUCGUCACCAGGGUUUUCUGAGUAUAUAUCAGUACAGACGUAGUGAGCUGUUUGAGCAGUGCUAUUCUUUACGUUUUGACAGCACACUGAACUAAGACUCAGGCAAAGGAGUAACUGGGAGACAGUUAAAUAACCCUGAACUUGAGGUGUCAGUAGUCUUAAGAAGUUACUUGGCUUUCUGCAAAAAGAAUUAUUGAGCCACGUGAAUCUAAGACUGUAGACGGGCUGACUCUAAGACAAAUCUUAGUGACUUUUAUUCCAGACUGUAAUAGUGAACCGUCUCCAAAGAGGAUGGCAACAAGCAGAAGCAGAAUACAGGGACCAAUCAUGGCAUCCUCACCCAUAGAGUUAUUAAAACCAGAUAUCCCUUAUGUAAAGAAAUUAUAGAGAAGUGCUCAAAGAAGUGGAGAACGAGAACUAAAAAUAAGAAAACACAGUGGCCAGAGGAGGGAAUGUUUGAUGUAUCUCUGUGUGAGGAGAUGGAAACACUGAUAAAGAACUACAAAGCCAAGGACAAAAGUAAAGGGAGAGAGGACAAGAGAGAGAAAGAGCUGAAAGUAAUUGCAUAUUUUAAAGCAGAAGGAGAAAAUACAUGGAAAAGCAUGAAACAAGCCAGAAAAAUGUUGAAAAAAGACAAUGAGGAGACAGAAGAAAAGAUGAGAAAAAUUUUCACCACCUCCUUAUGCACCUCCAAAAAAUCAGCUUCCCAUAAUUAAAGGAACAGUACAAGUUGAAGGGACAAUAGACAUGGAGGAGGAUGAAGAUGGGGAACCUCCCACCAUUUGUUCUUCUAAAGUGGUCCACAAGACUCCUAAAGGCAAAAAACAGUGCAGACAGACAACAAGGGAACAGGAAGUAGACAGUUAUGCCCAAUAUCCUGAUUUAAGUGGUUAUUGUGAAGAGGAGAGGCAAAGCUCCCCUGUAGAUAUCCCAGAGAAGCAGGAGAAGUUGUUAACACAGAUGGACAAAUUGGAUAGAAGCAUACGUACAAGAAUAAAAAGGGCAGAAAAAUAUUUGGAUGAAGCAGAACAAUUCAGUAAGAGAAGAUAUUCCGCAGGUUCAAGAAGGUAUGAUGUGGGUGAGAGAAAGCGGGUUACAGGAACAUUAUACGUGGAUGAUGAGGAUGAUGAUGAUGAUGUAGAAACAUGGUCACGAGAUGAGGGAGGAAGACGGCUCAGACCACGUGAACACUUACAAGAACCACAAAGAUAUGACAGUCACCUUCAGUUGCCUAUUCUGGUUAAGGGUGCUAGAGGGCACUAUGUACCCUGGGCUACACAAUAUCCAGGUGGACUGAUUACCCGUCUCCCUGACAUCCACGAGGGAACUGGGAAGUGGAUUAAGGUGUUUGAAGAAGAGACAAUGGGCAAGUUGUUGGCAAUUGGAGACAUCAAAGCACUCCUUGUCAAAAUUUUAGGAGGAUUAAGAAUGAAAGAGAUCCUCACAGCUGCUAACCUACAAAGAGCAGUGAACUCUCCAGUAAUGGAUGGGACACAGUUUGAUCAAUAUCAUCCACGCCUAUGGCAAACACUGAGGGCAGAGUAUCCAUCACGCAUAGACCCAGGGUCGCUGAAAGGAGAACAGCUGGGAGAAACAGAAAAUCCCACCACUUAUGUGCAGAGACAACUAAAAAGAUGGAGACAGGAACUGGAAAGGGAUCCAGAAGCAGAUCCUGUGAUGUCAUCAUUGUUCAGAACAGCAAUAAUGAAUGCUAUGCCACCAUUUGUAAAAGAUAAGCUAGAAGAUGUGGUUGGCCUACAUUCUAAAUCGCACAAGGAAUUCUGUGACCAUGUGACUCAUGCAGUUGAACAAUACAGAGGAAUGAGCAAAAGCUUAAGAAUCAAGAAAGAGAACUACAAAGAAAACUGGCACAACUGCAGCUUGAAGAGCUGACAAACAAAAAUAAGAAAAAGGUCCAAGCGCCUGUGAAAGACAAAGAUAAAGACAAAGACCAAGUGGAGGAAGUGUCAUCAGCAGUGAUGGCUCCUUUGAAUGCACCACCACCACCUCCACCUCCUACUGUCCAGCAAAGUGCACCAGCUGCGCCAGCUGCUCCCAUAGUUCCACAAAAGCCUGCAAUGCUGAUUAUUAAUGUCUAUCAGCAGCCAAAUAACAUGAAUUGGCAAAGAAGGCCACCACCAAGACGAAGAGGAAGAGGAGGACCCACUUGAAUAUGUUGGGGAUUUGGACAACCUGGACAUAACAGGCGUGAUUGCCCCACCAAUCCAUGGCAACAGCAACCUGGUGGUGAAGGGGAUGGUUGGGUCCAGUCCUAUCAACAAUCUCCACAAGGCCCAGUGAACCCAUGGGGUGGGCCUAAUCAGGGGUACUAGGGGUGCCCAGAGAAUCCUACUGGGGAGGGUCAGCUUCUAAUUCUAACAACUGAUGCUGAUCAAGAACCUAUGCUGCAGGUUAAACUAGAGGGCAAAUUAACACCCAUGAGGGUAGACACUGGAGCCUCUUACACUUGUGUAAGUCCAAAUUAUGCCUCUCACCUCCCCAUGUCUGGAAAAUUUGCAAAGACAGUAGGAUUCUUGGGACAAAUGCAGCUAAUUCCAAUGACGGCUCCAGUUAGUCUGCAGACUAAAGAUAAAAAGGUGACCUUGCCUAUUUUAGUAUCAGAACAAACUCCUGUUAAUUUGUUGGGAAGAGAUGCAUUGUGUAAACUUGGACUCCAAAUUUGGUGUUCUCCAGAAGGAGUUUAUGUAGAUGUAACAGGGGUAAAAACUCAAAUUGUGCUUUCUGAGCUGAAAGCUAAUGUGUAUUGGUUAGGACAGGUAAGUAGUGUAGUAAAGCUAGUAAUUGGUAAGUGGAGAAAAUUUAUUGAAGCGCAGAUCCCAGGUGCAACAAUUCCUAAGUCUGAGUAUCAUUGUACAAUGUUAUAUGAUUCAUCACGUGACCCAGAGCUUGAAAAAAGGUGGUUAAAAGAAACAGAGGGUCAAAAAGUUCCCUUGGUGUCUAGAUGCAUAAUUAUAGGGAAACAGGGAGCUGCUAUGCAAAUAGUUCCUUGUGAUGAUUGUAUUAAUGAUGAUUUUAUUGACAAGUGGUUUCAGGUCCCUAAUUCUGUUCCCCAUGUCACUCUUUAUGUGGGAAAAGGCUGGGAAUCAAAAGAUUUAGGUCCCAUGAUGGCAAAAGCAGAAAGAAGUAAAUGGGAUGCUACAGAACAUCCCUUAGUUUUUCUUUCAAAAGAUAAGUCAUAUAUUAAGAUUUUGUGUACUACUCUCACUCUCAUGACAGGAAUUCCACAGUAAAGGCACUGAGAGACUAGUUAACCCUGUGUAUCAAGAAGUUACACAUGAGAUGUUAAAUGACACUGCAAAAGAGAUGACGUAUGAUGCAUUGUUACAGGUAGCGCAAGAUAGUAAGUGGUAUAAGUGGGCUGAAUACACUGCUGGUAGUUUGAAUAAGGGUAAUUGUUUGGUAUGUUCACCUUCUCCAUUGAGCAGAGUUGUAGUGGUACUGACCCCAUUUGAUUACAGACAUCGUGCAGAAUACAAUAGGCAAUAUUGUGUGAAGAAUUGGGAUAAUAGAACAGACUACUCGCAUUGCCCAGCUGAGUGUUUAACAUAUUUAGGCAACAUGCUUUAUAAUUUAAUGCAUAACACAGAGGCAUGGAAAGGGUGAUGCCCACAACUGGAUGUUAGAAUAAAGGAAAAACAUAGAGAGACACCACCGCAGUAUAACAUAGAUUACACUUUGGAGUAUGAAUGCUUUAACAAGUCAUAUGGGAAACAUAAUUUGGGUAAAAUCCAAGGUAACUGUGCAGUAAUGUGGCACUUGGAUUCCCGUCUCUUUGGACGCAUAGAAUAUAUCCAGUGGUCUGAAGGUCAGGCACUAGCAACAGUAAUCACCAGUAUGACAGUAGUACUAUCCAACUCUCACUUAGAUGACACUUGCAUGACUCAAACUCUAACUCCACCAUUGCGGUUUGCUUUGACUGACCAAUCUCAGGCAGUAGCAGAUCAUUUUUGGCUCUGUGCAGGGACACGGUUAAGAAUGAAUUUACCUAAAAAUUGGAAGGGAAUCUGCACUAGAGUACGGUUGAUUCAAAGAACUGUGAUAGUUGACUGGGGGUAUGAUUAGUUCCUUGAAAAAACUAGAAAGUCUCACAGAGUAAAGAGAGCUUAUGAGACAGAUCCUAAGGUGUACAUAGACUCAAAAGCCAGUCUAGAGGAAUACCUGAACAAUUUAAAGCAAGAAAUGAGAUAAUGUCAGGAUUUGAGUCUAUUUUGAUAUGGAUAAAUCCUUACAAAUCCUUACAGAGUGGAUUAAUUACAUUUACUACAACCAACAGCGGUUCAUUAAUUAUACAGAUGUGGCACUCUCAGCAUUAGGUGAACAGUUUGGUGCUACUAAUAUAAUGACAUGGCAGAAGAGGCAAGCAUUGGACUGGUUGUUGGCAGAAAAAGGAGGAGUGUGUGUUAUGUUUGGAGAACAAUGUUAUACUUUUAUCCCUAACAACACUGCCCCUGAAGGAGCAUUUACUGAAGCUAUGAAUAAGUUGAAAAAAUUAAUAAAGUAGCUGGAAAUGUAGGGAGAGAUCUGCAUUCUUGGGAUUGGUUUUCACCGUUUGGACAUUGGGGAGCUAUACUGACAAAAGUGGGAGUUAUGAUAGCAAUUGUAGUGGUUGUUGCAGGACUACUGUUUUGCUGUGUUAUGCCCAUAUUAAGAUCUUUUCUUGUUCAAGCAACUGUUAAACAGAUGGCUCUUAUGAACAAACCUAUGCUUGAUGAUGGACUGGGAAGUGAGUCUGCUGGCACUAGUUCAGACUGGACUCCGGACUGGCCCCCUAAGCCAGAUUGGAUUCCGGAGCAAGGGAAGGAAGAAGAGGAUUCCAGUUCCUCCAGUGAGGACGAAGAAGAAGUAGUUAUGUGAUGAGCCAUGCCCUGGGUGUAAGUGCUAGCCUAACCUCUCCCCAAGGGUGACCCUCUACGAUACACAAAGUAUCUGGGUUGAAGAAGUGAUCUGAAGAAAUACUUGUACUUUGCCUUUAUUCUGAUUAUGUUGAUUGUUGUUGAUUGAUUUUUAUUAGCAAUUAUAUGAUUAAGCAAUAUUAUAAUCAAUUUUAAGAAAUUAUGUGACAAUCAGAAUUGUACUCUACAUAACUGUGACAACCACGGGCAAGUGCUGAACCAAAUGCAUGCUCAUGCUUAAAACACAAUGUUGAUUUGUUAAUUGACAGUUAGGUUAGGGAGACAGGAUCUUUUACUCCUUCCUAUUCGAGUGUGAGGGGAGACGUUUGGUCCUGUUCUCCACAAGAGAGCGAUUUCAGGAUUUGGUUAUUGGUAAGAAGAAGGAGUGAUCAGGCAUUGAUCACUAGUUAACAUAUAUGAAAGAACCAGAUUGUGAGAUUGCUCUCUUGAGGUAGGUGGGGCUUGAUAAGCCCCAGAGGAGGGAUGUAUGGAGGAAUUUCCUGUCAUCUAUAUCAAUAUCAUUUGUUAAUCAGUAUUAUAUCAAUCAGUAUCUAUGCAACAGUAUUGAAAAGUGACCUUAAAUCACCUCAUGUAUUAACUUUUACAGCUUCAUUUAUAUACUACACUGUACCAUUUCUAGUACAUUUAGAAGGGUGACUUUGGGCCUGUGAUCCUGCAAAGAUGUUCUGUGAGAACGGAGUGGUGUGACCUCGUAGAUGGUGCUUUUUAAGGUGAAGGCUAAUGUUGUUUUUGAAACAUAAACUGACUGAACUCUCGCCACGGUUAAAACUGAGAUAAGGGGAAAGUAAAAUAAUUGGGGCGAGAGGCAGGUGUGUGAUUAAGAGAAAACUCCAUCCAAUGAGAUCAUUGUUUUAGAACUGUAUAAAAGCAUGGGCCACGAUUAUGUAAAUCAGAAGCUCUGCAGACCAUCUCGGCUUUGUUGUCUGAUUCAAUAAAGUCUAUAGAUUUUUGGCAUCCAGAACCCCUUGUCUUUGUAACUCAUUUUUCUUAUUCUGAUUUGUAGAAGUAUUUGCCACGACAGUGCCAACUUCACAGAGCUGAGUUGACGUGAUUGACACUAGUGAGGAGUUGAUCCAAUUUCCGGUCCUUGCCCGAUUUCCUCUUUGUGUAAUGGCGGAUGACCACGAGGAGAGGACAGCGUUCAAACAGGUGUGAUAUUUUUAAUAACUUAUACCAAUUUUAUAUGUAUACGUUUUAAACAUUUAGACUAUAAGUUUCUCAACAUUGCCCUUGUGCUUUAGACAACGCGGCAGACCAUCGGAGCCACAACAAGGACAGCUAAUGUUAGCAAACUGAGGUAACGUCCAAUAACUCAAUAAGUUAUUUGCGCCGACAUAUUAUGACAAUUAAAUGCAUUUUCUGUCGAGUAUUUCAGUACAGCUGACACCGUGCGUUAACGUUAAAUAGCCUGCCUGUUCAUGCAUGUUAACACGGGAGUUUAUUCAAACUUCGCCCGUGAGCGCACGCCGUGUCGAAUGGUCUGAGGAAGUUUCUCGAAGUUUAUCAUAUAUUACGCUCGCCUCCAACCGAAGGCCGCACAGAUAAAUGAUCAGAUUAUCAAGCAAGAAUUGGUUUGCUGAACUUCUGUGUUCUGGCCAGGUGCAUAUUGAAGUUCAUCCUAGCUCAUGGCAUGGUGUCUCAACGCGCGUUUCUUCUGCAAUCAUCUACGUAAAAGUAAAUAGGAAUUAUUUUGCUGCUUUAAUAUUCGUGGGAUGACUGAUGGCUCUGAUGGCAGCGGCUCGCUGGGUUUUAUUUCAUAUUAACCAUGUUAUUGUUUUCAUUUUGUUCUGCACCGACAGCUUGAGUCAUGCUGGUGAAGGUACAAUAUCAAGGUGUGAAGAAAUUUGUGAAGUUGAAUAACGAUUGCACAUUCCAAGAUUUUCUCGAUGAAGGUAAAUUAAGAAGCUUGUGAUAGCGUUUAGAUAAUGUGCUUAUGAAAGCUAGUAAUAGCAAUAAGCUGAUAGAAGUUCACAAGGCUUGUUUCUAGGUUAGAGCUUUUCUAUUCUGACUUGUUGACAGUGUCCAUGUCCUCGUAGAAGUCAUAGCUGUUCAUAAAUAUAACUUUUGAUUUUAGUAAUGUUAAAAAUUAAGGUGCUUAUAGUUAAAUGCUAUUGAAUUAAACUAAUAUUUGACUCUUCUUACGUAAAUCAUAAUGAAAUCUAAUUGUAGUCUAAAGUUUUUGGACAGUAAGUUUUAUAUUUUUAAAGAAGUCUCUUCUGCUCAUUAUGCCUGCAUUUAUUUGAUCCAAAGUAAAGCAAAAACAGUAAAACUUUGAAAUAUUUUAAAAUAACUGUUUUCUAUUUAAAAAACAUUAAAAAUCUUACUGUUCAAAAACUUUUGACUGGUGAUAGAUAGAUAGAUAGAUAGAUAGAUAGACAGAUAGAUAGAUAGAUAGAUAGUAACACUAUAGUAAGACUUUAGUUAUUAUAAAUUGUAUUAUUUAUACAAUUAUAUUUGUUAUUGUUGAAAUUAUUUUUCAGUUAAAAGCAAAUUUGGGCUUGCAAGAACUGCAACUCUUCAAGUCUUAGACACAGACACCACGGAGGAGGAGGAGAAGGAGGAGGACAUCUUCCAUGAACUGAUUGAAGGCAGUCCACAAUUAUGCCUUACUGUAAGAUGUUCGGGAGAAAAUAUUUUUGCUGGCUUGUCUGACGGUAAGUAUAUAAUAACACUGAAGACAUUCUUUCAAGGGCGCUAUUGUAUCUAUAGGUACAAAAGAAUGCAUUUCGGCUGGAAACACAUUUACAUUUAACUGACACUUUAUUAUGAGGGAAUAUUACUAGUGCUAGUAAUGCAAACAUUGUCUAACCAAAAACAGGUUAGAAAAGGAAGGAAUACAAGUAGUAGUAAAAUUAGUGUUUUUAGAACAACCCUUCGAUGUACAUGAACACCAAAGACAACUGUGUUCAUGUAUACGACCGCCAGACACUAGCACAGUACAGAAAUCAUGCAGCAACCAGUCUGAAUGAUGAUGUAUUUAACAAACUUCGCGACCUCGGCUUACUGCGACCCCGGCUACAUAGACCAGGCCCCCAGUCCUCGGCGUUGCCUGUUGCCGGUGACCGGGAGAGAGGACAUCGGAAGCAGUGCUCGAGGAAGCGGAAGCGCGGUAAGCGGGCAGGUGUCCGCGCUAGGCUAAAUGCUAACCCUAGCCGGCCGGCUCUCCCGUCCAUUUUUCUAUCAAAUGUCUGCUCCCUGGACAAUAAACUGGACUACAUCCGAAUCCUCGCUAGUCAGACGCUAAUCCCAGCAUACAGACCGCUAGUCAGACGCUAAUUCCAGCAUACAGACCACUCGUCAGACGCUAAUCCCAGCAUACAGACCACUCGUCAGACGCUAAUCCCAACAUACAGACCGCUCGUCAGACGCUAAUCCCAGCAUACAGACCGCUCGUCAGACGCUAAUCCCAGCACACAGACCGCUCGUCAGACGCUAAUCCCAGCAUACAGACCGCUCGUCAGACGCUAAUCCCAGCAUACAGACCGCUCGUCAGACGCUAAUCCCAGCACACAGAUCGCUCGUCAGACGCUAAUCCCAGCACACAGACCGCUCGUCAGACGCUAAUCCCAGCAUACAGACCGCUCAUCAGAUGCUAAUCCCAGCAUACAGACCACUCGUCAGACGCUAAUCCCAGCACACAGACCGCUCAUCAGACGCUAAUCCCAGCAUACAGACCGCUAGUCAGAUGCUAAUUCCAGCAUACAGACCACUCGUCAGACGCUAAUGCCAGCAUACAGACCGCUCAUCAGACGCUAAUCCCAGCAUACAGACCGCUAGUCAGACGCUAAUCCCAGCAUACAGACCGCUAGUCAGACGCUAAUCCCAGCAUACAGACCGCUCGUCAGUCGCUAAUCCCAGCAUACAGACCGCUCGUCAGACGCUAAUCCCAGCAUACAGACCGCUAGUCAGACGCUAAUCCCAGCAUACAGACCGCUAGUCAGACGCUAAUCCCAGCAUACAGACCGCUAGUCAGACGCUAAUCCCAGCAUACAGACCGCUCGUCAGACGCUAAUUCCAGCAUACAGACCGCUCGUCAGACGCUAAUGCCAGCAUACAGACCGCUCGUCAGACGCUAAUCCCAGCAUACAGACCACUCGUCAGACGCUAAUGCCAGCAUACAGACCGCUAGUCAGACGCUAAUCCCAGCAUACAGACCGCUCGUCAGACGCUAAUGCCAGCAUACAGACCGCUAGUCAGACGCUAAUCCCAGCAUACAGUCCACUCGUCAGACGCUAAUGCCAGCAUACAGACCGCUCGUCAGACGCUAAUCCCAACAUACAGACCACUCGUCAGACGCUAAUCCCAGCAUACAGACCGCUAGUCAGAUGCUAAUCCCAGCAUACAGACCGCUCGUCAGACGCUAAUUCCAGCAUACAGACCGCUAGUCAGAUGCUAAUCCCAGCAUACAGACCGCUCAUCAGACGCUAAUCCCAGCAUACAGACCACUCGUCAGACGCUCGAAACCGGUUCUGAAACAGGUUAAAACCUGGCCAGAAGGAGCCAUCUCUGCUCUUCAGGACUGUUUUGAGUGCACUGACUGGGAUAUGUUCAGGGAGGCUGCAACCAACAGUGAUUCUAUUAACUUGGAGGAGUACACAUCAUCAGUGAUCAGCUACAUUGGAAAGUGAAUUGAUGACGUGACCAUCUCCAAGUCCAUCACUACACACUCCAACCAGAAACCGUGGAUGACUGCAAAGGUGCGUGCGCUGUUAAAUUCCAGAGACUCCGCCUUCAGAGCAAGGGACAAGGCGGCCUUAAGAACAGCAAGGGCCGAACUGUCCCGAGCCAUCAGAGAGGCAAAACGCGCACAUGCCAAGAAAAUCCACGGUCACUUUCAGGACAGCGGAGACACUCGACGCAUAUGGCAGGGCAUCCAGGCGAUCACAAACUACAAGACAACAUCACCUGCUUGUGACAGUGAUCCCUCCCUCCCAUAUGUGCUGAAUGACUUCUACGCCCGGAUUGAAGCACAGAACAACGUGACGGCAAGGAAGACCACACCUCCUACCAACGACCAGGUGAUCUGUCUAACCACAGAUGAAGUGAGGAACACUCUACGCAGAGUCAACCCACGGAAGUCUGCUGGACCAGACAACAUCCCUGGCCGGGUGCUCAGGGAAUGUGCAGAACAGCUAGCAGAUGUCUUUACUGACAUCUUCAACAUCUCCCUGAGCAGCACCGUUGUUCACACAUGCUUCAAGACAACGACCAUCAUCCCAGUGCCUAAGAAGUCUUCAGUCUCCUGCCUCAAUGACUCAACGGACAUUUACACCACACACUGCAUCCGAAAGGCCAACAGCAUUGUGGACGACCCCACACACCCCUCACACACACUCUUCACACUACUGCCAUCAGGGAAGAGGUUCCAAAUUCGGGCCCUCACAACCAGACUGUGCAAUAGUUUUUUCCCUCAAGCCAUCAAGCUUCUCAACACACACAACUGAACUGGAACUAAACUCACACACACACACACACUCACACUCACUCAACUUCAUACAUUCAUUAAGUUAUUACAAACAAGUUGGCUUGUUCUACUGUUUACAUUGUACAUUCGACCACUGCUACUGCUGCUCUGCUCGGUUCUUUUUGCACUUCACUGGCACUGUCACUUUACUACUUGUAAAUUUGCACAUUGCACUGUAUACAGAUAUAUAUACAGUAGGUUACGGGUUGCUGCUAUUUUGUGUUCGUGUAUUUGUCCUGUACAGUACUUGUCCUGCACUGUCUCGUGUUGUCUGUUCUGCACUGUUUUGUUUUGCACCGUUUGCACUAGGCUGCACACGAUGCACUUUAUGUGGCUAGGACAACUUAGUCUAGUCCUCAGCUCUGUGUUUUGUAACUCCAUGUUGUGUGAGGUGACGAUGUUGUUUUAUGUAGCACCAAGGUUCUGGAGAAACGUUGUCUCAUUUCACUGUGUACUGCGUCAGCUAUAUAUAGUUGAAAUGACAAUAAAAGCCUCUUGACUCUUGACUCUUAAACUGUACAACUUAUUAUUUUUUUUUUCAACAUUAUGUGCAGGUAAGUGCUCAAGAAAAAAAAAAUUUAUUUGGCUGUUUCCUGAAUAUUUGUUUGGGUUAGUAUUUAGAUUUGUUUGGAUUAGGGUUUAAACCAGGGAUUUGAAGUUCCUGAAAUAUUUAGUGACAAACCGGUGAACAAAAGGAUCUGGUGGUUAUCGCUGUCAAAACUUCAGCUAGAUCUAGCAGAAAGACAGCUGACAAUCUAGCACAGGGUUUCGUCGAGAUAAUGACAAAUUUCAGUGGUUCUCAAACUUUUAAGCCAACGACCCCUAAAGUAGCACUGAAGAACUUGCAGCCCCCACUACGACAGAAUAAACAAACAAUAAACAAAAGAAACCGUCCUGUUCAACAUUUUAACUAUAAUGUAACUAACAUUUUUAGACCUACGAAUUACAAAUUUAUCCAUUUCUGCUAUUGUGGUUUUCAUCUGCAGUUGCGCACUGUAUUGCUAACUAGUGAGCCAGUUGCCGUGGGAUGCAAGUAAAUACUUGCAUUUUUCAAACCGUCUUGUGAUCCAUUGAAAUUAUUCAGAGACCCCGGGAGGGAUCUUGUCCCCAAGUUUGAGAACCACUGCACUAGUACAAAAAGUUUUGUAGUAGUUUAAUAGUAGUUUUACUAUUAAAUUUUGAAUUAAUGCUUUUACAGGGAACAUGAAAAUGUUCUGCUUUUCUCUUUCAAGAGUUUUCACCUGCAAGAUCUUCAACUCCCAGCACAAGCAUUGAUACUCUUUCACUCCCUUCUACUGACUGUGAAGAGACUGAGAGAGCAGUCCAGAAUCAAGCAGCAACGGCCAGCAACAGUUUUGGCAUAGAUGCUGAAAAGGCAAGACGAAUUGUCCAAGAUGCCCUGGAAAAACAAUCUGGCGGUGAAGAUGCGCUUGAAGAAUACCAGACAACUAAAACUUUAAAGCACAGCACCAGACGUCAGCUUGUUAAUAUUGUUGUCAGUCACAUGACAGAGAUUCAUGGGAGGAUCCCUACACGCAAACAGCGGGAGACUUAUGCCUUGGGCAUCGUUUCUCUCUUUCCUAGCCUGAGAGACCCUUUUUCCACAAAAGGCUAUGAACAUUUCUACGAUCCAGAAAAGGGAACAGGGUACGUCUCCUGGCGCAUAAAAACUUUGUCGAGAAAGAACCCAAAACGUGCUCGCUUAGAGAUGUCUGAAAGUGGAGGACCAAGUCGGCGAAGAAUGACGGACGUUGGGCAGCAGCUUGAAGGAGAUGCAUGCAGGGAGGCAAUUUCCUUCCUUGUCCACGCAGCUGAUGAAGCUGAAGUUAUGCAGAAGAUGAAGCAAACUUUUAAGCAUAGACAAGAACUGGUACACAAUCCUGAAAGAUCAGCUGAUGUCCUCAAUAUAUUUCGAAGAUUUCUGGAUGUGGAAGGAUUGAUAAAUCAGGACUUUGCUCUGCUGUUCAAUUCCGAAACAUCCAACAAGUUGCUUGAGAGGGGGGAGACUGCAUUUAAGCAGAAGAUAAUCAAUGAAGGCCAAUCUCUUACUUCAACAGCAGAAAUUCAGAGUCUUAUCAGUGCAGCAGAGGGACAAGGACCUGAAAAUGAUUGGGACAGUGACAUGUCAUCUGUCCUUCUCCUGUUGCAUCUCCUGCCUCCUCCCCCAGGGAAGAAGAAGACUAAGAUCAGCUCGACAGAGGCUGUUGAGAGACUUGUGAAUUUCCAUAAGUUCUUCAUUUGUGUUCUAAUAAAUAUUGAAGGUGAGCGAGUUGGAAUCUGACCCUCAACUCAAGUCAAGACACGGCCUCAAAAGAAACUCAACACUCAAUAGUCUGCAAUAUUUUCAUGUGUGCCACAACUACUCUCUAGAUGUGAUGCACGACCUCCUGGAAGGAGUUGUGAUGCACAACCUCCUGGAAGGAGUUGUUCAAUUUGAAAUUAAACUAUUGUUCGAGUAUCUUUCAGAAAAUUUGAAAAACAUGAGGUUUGAGGCGAAGCAUAAGGUUUUUAAGAAUACACUAAAAAAUUUCAAAAACAUUACCAAAUCUUUAGCAAAAAGUCAUCAGAUGUCAUUAGGCUAUCUUUGGAAAACAACACCAUUGAGUCAAGUGGAGUGUGGACCAAUGAAAACAUUCUGUUGGGAUGAUGUGAAUGAUGGUGAAAAGUUGUCAGGAAUGCUGCACAAUCCCAUACAGUCAAGCAUGCAUUCCAUCAACUGGGUGAAAAUAGAUGGGACAGAAUACAGACAAGACCUGAUUUUAUGCAGUGAAAUUGAGGAUGAAAUUCCUGUUUUCAGUCAGAUUCGGAAAAUACUUUUAAUUGACAGCACUGUGUAUUUUAUUCUUAACAAACUUUUGACAGAACAAUUUUCAGAGCAUCACCAUGCAUUUAAAGUACAGAGAUACUGUGAAUUGAGUGAACUUGUUACAGCAACCAGUUUGAGGUUCUACAGGCCUUUUGAUCUGCGGAGGUCAUAUGGGUCAGAUGAUGGCGAAUAUAUUGUACCCUCGUUUGUGAUGGUUUCAUUUUUGUUAAAUAAAAGUUAAAACUGA